AAAAAAGAUGGCAGACGGUAAUGAUCUAGUUAUGCUUGAAAUGGAGGAAAGAGAGGAGCGUGAACAUUUUGCUCGUGUUAUUAACUCCUUUAAAUUUUACAAGUGAGACGAUUUUGUUAUUAGCUUCAGAUUUUGCCAUAAAUUUGAUUGAUAAUUUUGUUCUACUUGUUGAACCAGAUAUUUAAAGUGUUUAGUUUAAGUUUAGUACUUCCCAGGUCAGACGCUUGUACUUGUAAUUGUUCCUUGUUGUCUGUUAUUGAAAGUGAAACGAAAGCGUUAUUGUUUGUUGUUGACAUCGCGGAUGUAAAGCCAUUAUGGCAGUAUGAUGAAUAUGGGGAUGGGAAUUAUUAAGAAACAAUGGUAAAAGAAUUUGAAAAAAAAAAGAAGACAGCAUAUCAGAUGAUAGCAGAGGAUAUAAACAGACACCUACAUUCUACGUCUACAUCUUCAACAGAAAACAACUGAUGAAAUAAAAUGGCAAAAAAAAAUGAAAAAGUAAAGCCCUCUCAUUCUUCAUCUUAAUGUUUAGAACUAAAAAUAAGUCAAAAGAGAAAUAAAAAUACCUCAGGUUUAUCGAAUACCACAGGACUGGAAGAUGUUUAGUAAAAGUAAGUAAAGAAGUAGGUUUAGUAGGUGUCGAAAUUCAAACUAUUAUUAAUACAAUGAACAGUUUGAUUCAACACUGCUUCCAUCCUUAUAAUAGUUUAUCCAUCAUAUUAGUAUAAUGAAGUAUUAUGUGGCAUGUAGGUGAAGAGGGAGCACACCCCAGUCACCAACAUUAGGGGAUGCCAAAAUCUUCUUUAGAUUAAAGAACCUUAAAAAGUAAAUUUUAGGUUAAUAUCCCAUGUACUUCACUAGACAAGUGGCACCAUAAUUGUCUUUUUUCUGGUAUGCAUUUUUCCAUGGCAUGGUCUUGAUUAUGAGUAUGACUUAGGUAUGUAUGAGAUAAGUCUUCAGUUUAAAUAUAUUGACUUGGAGUAUGCCUAAAUUAAACUAAGUACAAUUAACUAUUCUAAUGUGGUCAACUUGACAAUAAUAUUAAUGUUUUAUCCGUCGCAGUAUUCUGUUUAUCUACUUCUAACUCUUUCCAUGCCAUGGGGUUUUUAUGUUUCUGCCAGACCGGUUUUCGCCCAAUGGCAAUAUUUUAGGUGCUUCUACUCUUAUCAAUUAAUGAAUUUUGAAUAACGGUACCCUUUUUUUUAGUAAGAUAGUUGUAUUUCAUAUCAAAUUAAAUGAAAUUAAACAGAGAAUAAUAGUAUGUCAAAGAUAAAACAAUAAGACAGUUUAGAUAGUUUAAAUUUUAUUGGUAAUAUUCUGAGAUGAAAAUCUUUUUUUUUUUUGGUAUAAUGCACACCAAAUAUGAACUUAUCAGACUACUAAAUGGUCUGAGUAGCUGGUAUCCUAUUCUGCUUCAAUCACCAGAAAUUAUAUCCAUUUUUGAUCAGAAUGCAUGUUACAUUUUGAAAAUAUUCCAUUUAGGGACAGAGUUAAACACAUUUUUGUAACGUUAAUGUCAACAGAAGAAAACAGUUUCUUUUCAAUGUAUAUAUACACAAAUAUUUUACUUUGGUAAAAAUUUCUUUCUGUGUGGCCCUUUCUGAAGCACUCUUUAAAUACACAGAUGAGGCCUUCCUGUGCAUCCAGUGCCCACAAAGCAGUCGUGUUUGGUUAUUUUGUGCACUUCACAGUAUGCACACUGUCAAUCAUGCCCGUCAUAGUCAACCUGGUGCUUAUUUUCACUAAGACUCUAUUUGCACUGUUGAUGAGCUUUUUCCCUGGCUUUGAUAGAGUGGGCAGUAAAGGAAUGAGUGUUUCAGGGUUCUGAAAUUAUUCUUCCUGCAUCUUUUCUGUCUAAUUUCUGACAUCUCUUUGCAGGAACAGGAGUAGUAUUAUUUGAAUCCUCAGUGACACUGUUGCCUUGGUAAAAAAGUGGUUUUGGAAAAAUUCAUAAAUUUUGAACCAUUUCGAACUAGAAAGUUGAUCUUGGUGUUUUUUUAAUCCAUUCUCUAGGCUCUAUACAGCUAUGGUAUUUUUAUAUUUAAAAAAAAAAAAUUGAAAUUUUUACUAAAGUGUGACUGUCACCACAAUUACUAUCACCAUCACCAUUCUAUUUCCAUUUGGCAUUUACCGACCCACCAGAAAGCUGAAAACCAUCACUGGAAUCAGAUUCAAAUUCAAAUUAUUCAUGGCUAUUGUUCAAUGUUUCAGCAUCAAUAAAGCUCUUUUGUUUUCAAACUAGACCGACCUACAUGGUCUAGCAACAGCUGAUGUGCUUGGAGUAGGCAUGGCCACUGCUUUGUUUACAACAGUUUUAACACAAAUAGAAAAUAGGUUACAAUUAUUAGAAAAACACUUGUAAACAAACCCUUCUUCCAAAAGAAAGGAAGUAGGAAGUUCAUUUGAGGACAUAAAAAGUAAGAUUGAUAGCCGUAAACAAGGAAAUAAACUACAGAAAUUAAAUCAACGAUAUAUUGUCUCUUGGCACAAACGCGGCCAGUCUGAUCGAUGAUAUAUCGAUACAUAGAGUUAACAAGCUAGGCUUAUGCUUAGUCCACUACACUAACAUUAUAUCUUAGUUUACAUUGCAAUGUGUAUAAAACACAAUUAUUAUUUUACUUAUGUACAAACAGCACACUUGUUACUGUGACUCAGUGAGAGAUGACAGGUAAAGAAAGGGACUUGAUUGAUAAUGACUUCAUUCAAUUACAGAUAUUCAUGUUUUUAAAACCUGCUUUGUUAAGUACCUUUGACUUUGAGCAAACAAAAGGAUAAUUUUGAUUUAAUUUUUAACAGAAUGCACAGCUUGAAAAGAUUGCAGUUGAGCAAAGUUUCCUACAAUAACCUGAGUGAACAGCACAAAAAUAGAAUUCUAGGAUAUAUGGACAACAUCGAUACAAUUCAGACCUGCAUUGUCCAUAACUAUGAAGUGAUCAAGCUUAUUCUUCAGGACUGCCAAUAUAUGUUUCUCAACAAGGAUGAAUGCAUAACAGAUGGUGUUUGUAUACUUUAA